CGCCAAAAUAAUAAUAAUUAAACUCUAUAAUUCGAAUUCUAUAAAGCUAAUUACAAACGCUAUUAUUCCUUUUUUAAAGAACCAAACUUUAGAUCAUGAAGGAGGAUCGUCGUCUUCCUCACAAACGCGAUGGUCUCCAGUUCUUGACAUCCAAGACUGCGUUCGUUAUCUUCAUAGUGCUAUCCUACGCUCUUGGUUACUUCUCCGCCUACUACAAUCGUCAACCGCCGCAGCAGCCACCGUCUACGGCGGAAGUGAGAACCGUGAAGUCGACAAAUUCUCAAGGUUGUUCCAUCGACAACUUCCGAGUAACUACUCGAUGCGGCGACCUCGUCCCGCCUGAACUGAUUCGCCGUACGGUGAUAGACCGGAUCUUUAACGGUACUUCACCGUACUCUGAUUUCCCGCCACCACACGCGGCGAAGUACCUCAGGCCAAAAAGAAUCAAAGGCUGGGGAUCGUACGGAGCCGUGUUCGAGAACCUGAUCCGCCAAGUCAAACCUAGGACGAUCGUCGAAAUCGGGAGCUUCCUCGGAGCGUCGGCGAUACACAUGGCGAAUCUCACACGCCGCCUUGGGAUGGAGGAGACUCAGAUACUCUGCGUCGACGACUUCCGUGGCUGGCCCGGGUUUCGAGACCGGUUCAAAGACGUGGCUUUGGUAAACGGUGACGUUUUGCUUAUGUACCAGUUUAUGCAAAACGUGGUUAGCUCGGAAUAUUCCGGUUCGAUAUUGCCGGUUCCUUUCUCGACCGGUUCAGCGUUGGAGAAGAUGUGUGAGUGGGGAGUGACGGCGGAUCUCGUGGAGAUAGACGCAGGUCACGAUUUCAACUCGGCUUGGGCAGAUAUAAACCGGGCUGUUCGGAUACUCCGACCCGGCGGAGUUAUAUUUGGUCACGAUUAUUUCACGGCGGCGGAUAACAGAGGAGUUAGGAGAGCUGUGAAUUUGUUCGCAGAGAUUAACCGGUUAAAGGUGAAAACCGAUGGUCAACAUUGGGUUAUUGAUUCCGUCAAACUAACCUGAUUCCUUCCUCUUUACAACACUUCAAUGUAUAAUAAGAAAAAUAUGUAAUAUAGUAAAUUCAUCUUCUUCUUGUUUUGACAAAGACAAAGUAAUGGAAUUGAGAUUUUGAUUGUUUAAUAAGGUAAUGUAUGCAUGUGACUGAUCAGUUAAAAAAACCAAUCUUUUUUA